UUAGGAUUUUUCCAUAAAUGUGGACAAUUAGUUAGAAAAAUGUCAAGUAUCUUGUGACCUCUUGUAGGUUUUUUUACCAUUUUUUUACCAUUUACAUAAAAACGGCUCAAGUUCCCAAACGGCUAUAAAUGUGUCAAGUAAGCUGAACAUCGCUCGGAUUGUUUCGCAGAUUUCGUCGCUGUUUUGACUUCAUAUGAAAUUCUAAAAGAUGGCCAUUUGAAAUUUAUAUUCAUACUGCAAUAUUAUAAAAGAAUAAAAGCCCUUGGAUAAACAUGCAGCGGCGACAACUCAUGACAACUCAAAAUUUUGUCGACAACAACCCCAAAGCGAUACUUUUUAGUUUCCACGUUGUUUUGAUCUCAGGGAAAACCCGUAUAUAUUAGAGUUCACCAUUCACCUAAUACAAUAUAUAGGAGUUUCCCUGAGAUCAAAACAACGUUAUUAUAUAACAUCGCUUAGGAUAUUUUUUAUAUGAGGGGCCGAUUACAUGGAAGCGCGUUGUUGGCCCGGUCAAGCGAGACUACUAAAACAACAUGCAGAAAUUGCAUGGUGUUUAUGAUAUUUUAACUCGAAAAACUCGUCGCUGGUUGAUCGCAUUUGUGCAUUCUACAGUUUUUCUCUUUAUGAAAAUAUCACUAAAUAAGUUAAAACAAGUUCAAAUUUCCUUCAGAAUACGUACUCUGCAAUCUUUCAGCUGAAAAAUGGAUAGGAAUGAAAGACGUUCUAAUCAUGAAUAUGUUCGGGGAUUGGUCUUGUAUUAUCAGGGACGUGUCCAAGCAGCCUUCAUUGCCAUCGUUGUAAAUGCUCUGCGAUAUAAUCCCAAUCACGAGGGCAGUAGAGCUAUUGCACCGAGGCUUAUGACUCUGAAAUGGUUGCUGGAUGGUGCCCGUAGAGCUUUUGAGAAUGGGAUACCACUAGUAGCGCAUCGUUUGUAUUCUGAGGCGUUGGAUGUUGACCCCAUGAACCAGGCCGUUUGUGCAAAUCUAUACUACAAAAGGGGGUUCAUUAUGUGCAUGUUAAAGAUGGUUCCACAAGCCAUUAUGGAUUUCACAGAAGCCAUUGAGCAGAAUGGGAGCCAUCUGAAAGCACACCUUCUAAGGGCGAAGUGUUACCUCGUAAUUGGACAAUAUGAGACAGCCAGUGAAGCAUAUUAUGAAAUCUACGCAAUGACUGGCAUACCAGAGUAUUAUCGAUUAUUCGAAGAAGCAUACAAUGCGGAGUGUAACCUCGAUUUUGCCCUCUUUACCCUAUCGUUGACUCGAGAUUGUUCAGUCUUGGACGUGAGGGCAGCCUUUCAUAGAGAGGCGCGACUGCAUCAUCCAGAUCGCCAUGCGGGGGCCAGUAAUGAGAUACAAGAAAGAGAAGAGGAAACAUUCAAGGAGGUACAACGAGCCCGUCAAUUUCUCCUUGAUUUUCUGAAAAGGAAGAAUCGUUUCAAUAAUCACCAAGUGUGGUUUUUGAAUGCAGAUUAUUUUGAACUCUGAAUAAGCUCAAGUUGAUCCAAGAUCAACCAAUUUAAAGAACACUGACAGUGGGUACUAAACAAAAAAGUCAUG